AUGUUGUACCUUCACCUCACGUUGCUACUAUUUGUAGCAGUUCCGAUCAACUCAUUCCUAUUUCCAAUGUCAGGCGGAGGAGGAGAAUGCUGCCCAAAGCCGUGUUGCCCACCUCCUUGCUGCCCCCCUCCUUGUUGUCCCCCUCCUUGUUGUCCCCCUCCUCAGCCAUGCUGCCCUCCUCCUGCUCCUCCCCCAGUACAACAAUCAUGUUGUCCCCCACCAUGCUGUUGCUGUUGCUGCGAGCAGCGAGCAGCACCACCACCACCUCCACCGCCUCAGAAAUGCUGUUGUUGUUGCUGCUGCUGUUCUCAGCCAGCACCUCAAGCUGAGCCAUGCGGAGGAGGAUGUGGUGGAGGCGGUGGCGGAGGAUGUGGUGGAGGCGGAGGGGGAGGAUGUGGAGGAGGAUGUGGUGGAGGCGGUGGAGGAUGCGGAGGAGGAUGCGGUGGAGGCGGAGGCGGAUGUGGCGGAGGAUGCGGAGGAGGAUGCGGAGGUGGAGGCGGAGGCUGCGGCGGAGGAUGCGGAGGUGGAGGCGGAGGCUGCGGUGGAGGAUGCGGAGGUGGAGGCGGAGGCUGCGGCGGAGGAUGCGGAGGUGGAGGCGGAGGCUGCGGCGGAGGAUGCGGAGGUGGAGGCGGAGGCUGCGGCGGAGGAUGCGGAGGUGGAGGCGGAGGCUGCGGCGGAGGAUGCGGAGGUGGAGGCGGAGGCUGCGGCGGAGGAUGCGGAGGUGGAGGCGGAGGCUGCGGCGGAGGAUGCGGAGGUGGAGGCGGAGGCUGUGGCGGAGGCGGCGGCGGAGGAUGCGGAGGAGGACAUGGAGGUGGAGGAGGUGGAGGAGGAUACGCACUCCCACCACCACCACCAAGUUAUGCAGCUCCACCACCAAGUUAUGCAGCACCACCACCAAGUUAUGCAGUUGGUGGAGGAGGUGGCGCUUAUCCUUCUGCCGGUUAUGCCGCUCCUGGUGGCGGUGGCGGAGCUUACGCCGGAGGCGGCGGCGGCGGCUACGCUGGACCAGCUCCUUCUUAUGCAGGACCAGCUCCUUCUUAUGCAGGACCAGCUCCCUCUUAUGCAGGACCAGUCGGUGGAGGACAAAGUUAUGCUAAAGGAGGUUAUGCAGGCGGUGGUGGAGGCGGCGGCUAUGCAGGACCAGUCGGUGGAGGACAAAGCUAUGCUAAGGGAGGUUAUGCAGGAGGCGGUGGAGGACCAAGCUAUGCAGGAGGCGGUGGAGGACCAAGCUAUUCUGGAGGAGGCGGCGGCGGGCCAAGCUAUUCAGGUGGAGGUGGCGGAGGACCAACCUAUUCAGGUGGAGGCGGAGGAGGAAACUAUAAUGAAGGAGGAGCUGCUCCACCUCCAGCACCCGCAAUUCCACCUCCACCCCCACCACCAGAGCCAGCUGAGCCAGCACCUGCACCAGCACCAAGCGGAGGAGCGCCAUACGGUGAAGGACAGUCUGCCGGCGCAGCUGAGGAAACUGCUCCUGCAGAGGAAGAAGCGGCACCAUCUAGCGUCGGAGCUGGAAGUAAUUACGAUCAAGCCACGGGUGGUGGUGCUGCAGGUGGCGCUGCCGGUGAAGAAGACGAUGGUGGCCAAGGUUUCCGACUGCGUCGAUUCUCGAAGACCGACAAAGGCGCGUUGGACAAGAACUGUAACUCGCUACGACUGAGAAAGAUCAUGCGACAGAGCAUGACUACUGAACCCGAAUCGUCGAUGCUCAAAGUCUCAGAGGGUGUAAAGAACCGAUUGAGUUCUGGUGAAUGGUAUGUAGCAUGUGGAACGGAUGGUAUCGAACCUCUGGAGAACGAGGAACGCGAACAUUGUCUCGUUGUGUCCGAGACAUUCGUGUGCUACGUUGUCAAGAAGGACUGA